UCAAAAACAGAUUUCACUGUCGAUAACGAAUAUAGUUAUCACUUGCGUUCACCUCCAAAUCUGGCAAAAUUAAAUAUUACUGAUUAGUUCGUUAGAAAAUAUCGCGUAUAUGCUAUAUUUUUAUUGGCAUAUAAUCCAGAUUGACAAUUAAUGAGGUAAAAUUAAACGCUUAUUCAUUAUUUUUCGAGUUUCCUCACGUUAAAGAUCUUUUGAGGAAGUGAAAUUUAUUAGCAGGAAAUAUGGUAUUUCAAAAGGAAGAUCUAAGAAAAAAUACCACAACUGAUAAAUACAAUGGCACCUCAUACACAGCACUUAAUAAAAUUGGGAAAAUGCAUGGUGCCAAACGAGUUCUUGCUUUUUGCUGCUUAACAGCCAUAUUGCCAGCAAUAUUCAUCAUCAUUCCACUUUAUCUGAGACACAGCAUUUUUGCUGAUGUAAUCUAUGCUGUAGCAGAGUCAGAUAUUGUUGAUGUCGUUGAAGGGAUAUCUUCUGUUUUCUGUCAAGCACAUUAUCUCCAGAUGAAUACCUCUUUUAAUGCAUUUCAGUUAAAAGGCAACCCUCAAAUUAGUGAUAAAAUGAAGCAUAUUCGAUUGAAAAAAUCCAUGUCAUUGCCUGAUGACACUUUUGAAUAUUGGGGAUUUUUCCUGCUCCGUGGUGCGGUUGUUAAAUUGAAAGUUUGCUCUAGAUAUGAUGGUUCUAGAAUGUUAGUUGUGAAAGGAGAUAAACACUUAAAAACCUGUGGAAUACUUGAUAAACGUAGCAAAGUGGAUGCUAAAAUGAAUGAUGAACAUUUGAAGGUGAAAGUUACGUUUGAGAAACCAGCAGUAGAAAUUGGAGUCAUUGAUGAAGAUGCAUUAAAAACAAAUACAGCCAUGGAAGAAAUGGAUGAGGAUAAUGUCGAUGAUUAUAUCCAAGACAGAUUAAACAGAGGAAGGAGUAGAUUGAAUAAAUUAUCAAAUUCUACAGAAUCAAAUAGAAAUCAAACAACAGAUGUAAAACAGAAUAAAACAAAAAAUUUGAAUCAUAUUGAUAUAAUUGAUAAGCCAGAGUUGAAUCGUACAAGAAGAGAAAAAAAUUUUGACGCUCAUAUAGAGCAUGGAGGUAAUGCACCAAACAAAACGAAAUCUGAAGAAAGUAGUGUAUCUAGUUUUGAAACUGAACUCUUAACUUGUUAUAAUGGUCAAAUUUUAUUAGCGCAAGAGUUUCCUUCUUUCCAUCUGUGUACAGAUGUUCAUAAUCUAGAGAAUAGUAGCAGUCACAUGCAAACGUUCCAUGAAGUUGGAAGUGAUGGUUACUAUUAUUAUAUUUUUUAUUCUGACAAUGAUAAUUAUAAUAAUGAUAUACAUGCAGUUUUUGAUAUAUUCAAACCAACAUAUCGAUUUAGUAAUUCUUCCACCGAAAAAUCCUGCAUUAAUGUUACUGAAUGCACUUUUUCCAUGAGUUUUUGGUCAGAUGAAGUUGUUGUUGUUGAAGUACCAACAAGGGAUGGUAUUGAGCAUGAAGCUGAUGAUAUAACCUAUUUAUUAAGUCGGUGCCAACCCAGAAUGACUGUCUAUAUGAUUUUUCCAAUAUUGGUCCUUUUUCUGAUUUUAGGAUGUGCAUUUAUAUAAAUUAAUUAGUUAUGAAGAAGUCCUGAUGUCUGAUGUGGAACUAAUUGUUGAAUUUCAUAUUGAAAUUCUUUAGUUUGAAUUAAGAUGUUGAAUAUAUUUUGAGGAGACCCUCAAAUAAAUAACAUAACAAAUAACCAAUAACAUAAGAUUAUUCUUCAUUGAAAUGAACGAAAACUGAAUAAAUUUUCUAUUUAUUAUAGAAAUAUUUAUUUUUAUAUUUACUAUUUAUUAUGUUUAAUUGUUGACAUUUCUUUAUUCUUUAGUUCCAAAUUAAUUAAGGAAAAUGAAUGCCUUUUUUCAUAGCUUUCGAAUAAAGUUAACUUUGCAUAAGAAAAUAUCCCAAACAUUUCAAAUAAAGAGCGCCAAGCUUCAUAUUUGAAGUUUCGCUUUUGCAUUACGUGUUGCAUUUAUUUCAGAUAAUGUAUGUUUAAUAUUUCGUUUUUUUGUACUCCCCUCAUAUUAGCGAAUUUGUUAAUCAUAUUCAUGAACUUUUAAAUGAAAAAUACUACCUAAAUGUCGUUAAGAAUUUUAUCUUCUUGGAAUUUUAUCUAUUUUAUCUUAUAUUACGGAUUGAGUCUGAAUCUGUGAUAAUUUUUUCACAUUAAUUUCAUUUUUGAGCCUUUUUCAAUCAAAGGUUGAACUCUGACAAUCAGAGAAAGAAAAAAAUUUGAACUAAUAAACUGUAAAAUAUGUGAUAUGGAAUUUUAAUUAGAUAUACUAUUAUGAACUGUUGUUGGAUUUUUAUGUACAAUAUUUAUUUACAUCAAUUGUAUUUUCAAUAAAUGGCCUGGAUUUUUG